UUGGAGCUCAUUCAAUGGCUGCGUUUCACAAGCCGAACAUCUGCUGGUGCAACUACCAACGAAAUCCCUACGAGGAGAUUCGUCAGAAGAUACGAAAUUAUUGUGCGCUGAAUAGCAAAAAUGCUUGGAAUCGACCUAAAUUUCAGAGCUCCCAAGAUAUAUUAGUUAAUAAAGGACCAAAGGUGCGAGAACUCAGCGAUAAAGAGAUCUACGAAAUUUGCUGUAAUAGCAAGAAAAGAAAUUCAAAUUUAAAAAAAGAAGAAGAUUGUGUUAGUAUAGGAAACAAAUAUUUUUUGUCUGAAAGAGAAGCUCAAAGAGAUCCUGCACCGGAACAUCAUAAAAACAGAAGAAAUCCUGCUGAGCUGGGACGUCAAUCUAUGCAUCCUGGACAAGGAAUUCACCCUUAUGCAACACCGAUAUCAAUAGCUCAAAGACCACUGGUUUCGAAAAAUCCCAAGAUUCUCUUUUCCCGACCCUCUCUUCAAUUGACCUUAUCUGACAGCACAUCCAUCAAGUAUGCCACACCAACAUUGCUAGCGCAACGACCUACUACCCCUAAUAAAAAACCCAAAAGACGCGAGGAACAUCGAAGAAAGCUUAAAGAAAACGUCCAAGCUCGGCAUUCGAAAAAGCAGGACUCUAUAUGGAACUCUAUGGAAAAGAAAAGAGAUAAUCAAUACCGUACCGCAUUGGAACCCCCGAAAGUUGAAACAACGCGCGAAAUGAAAAAGCCGAACUCAAUUUCUGAAAAUUCAGAGCAAGCUCUGCUCAAGCAAUUGUCCACAGAAAGGGUAACCAAGAGCAAUCUAAGGAGAACAGGGCAACUGGACACAUCCUUGGGUAUUUACGAGAAUGUUAAGCUGGACAUCAACAAACGCAGAUUUCAGCAACAAUCUUACUUAAACAAAACUGAAACUCGUCGGGCCCUUCGAUUGGAAAGGACUAGAGAUCAUCAUUAUCGUAACACCUUAGAACCCCCGAAACUUGAAAUGAAAAAGGCGAAGUCAAUUUCUAAAAAUUCAGAGCAAUCCCUGUUUAAGCAAUUUUCCAAAGAAAAGGUAACCAAGAGCAAUCUAAGAAGAACAGGACAACUGGACACAUCCUUGGGCAUCUAUCGAAAGGUAAAGCUGGAGAAUAAACCUUAUAGCUCUAUGCUUGGGGAGGUAAAUGGUGAGCUGUCUAAGAAAUUUUCGACACUAAGAAGCACGCACGAACUAAAGUUCCCUGAACCACGUCCACAUAGACGUUCUUCAGACCGGAUUGAAACUUCAGCUCCGUACACAGAAACCUUUUAUAAAAUGCUAAAGGGCAAAACUAACAAAAUUUCAGAGUUUCAUCCAAUUCUGAGAUCAUCUAAUCGCCUUCACCUUUCGUCAACAAUGGAUAGUAAGAUAAGCCAAAAAAAUCAGAAAAGCAAAACGGCGAGUGUGGGAGCCAAAUUUUCGUGGGCAUCCAACAAUAAGGUAAGGUCCAGUUCUGGCCUUCUUGCUUCCGAAACCCACAGACAUUUGAACGGCAAUAAAACGAACGAAAGCUAUUCAAAACCAUUUCAAACAAUGCUAAGGGGCAAGGAAAAGAUCAUACCAGAGCUAAACCGGGCUUUGACCAGCCACUUUCAAAUAAAGCAUGCCGGGAAAACAACUAGUUCGAUCUGGAUGGACCAGGAGCCAGUAACGUAUACGCCACCUUUUGAUGAUGAACCGGAGGCAUUGCAGUCAUCUAAGAAUGUAUUAAUAACGAAAAAGCCCCACGAUAUGCCCUCUCACCAAAUAUCGAUCAUAAAAAAGCCUGAAAUUUUGCAAACUUUUAGGGAACAUUCUGGGGUCAAGGAACAUGAAGUUUCCCAAGAUUUUGUUACAGUUCCGUUGGCUCCAAACCUAAAAAAAAGAAUUAGUAUGUCCCAGCUUAAUAACAUAUACAAAUCCAGUUCAUCAAGUGAGUUAUCGUUGGGUUUUCGUUCUUCAAAGCAUCGCGUUUCCCCUGGUAGGAAGAUUAGACUAAAAAAAUUUAGUUCCUAUAUAAAAAGUUCCAUGGCAGAUCGCAAAAUAUUAGCCCAGAUGAAGUCGAAGUGUCCAAUUUCCUACUUGAAAAGAGAGAAAAGCACUUCCUAUGGCAGGACACCGAGUCAGACUUCCUCGGAUAAGUACCAACAAGCUGAAGGAUCGAUAGUCAGCACUACGGGCAUUGCCCAAUCCUUGAUACCUAAACAUAAGAAAGAGGAUUAUAAGGUCGAGGCCUUGGAUGCGGACGAAUCCUUGUUCGACUCUUUCCCAGAAGACUACGAUCCGCUUGAUGGCGUAAAAAAAACAAUGAACGACAUUAUAGCCGGCGUGGCAAAGGAAGAGAAAGUCCCCGGGAAAACCCCUGAGAAACCCUACAACAAAUCUCAGUCGAAGCGGGUUAAGCACAAGGCCAAGACGCCUUAUCACGCCUCGGGUGCAUUUGAUGAUCGCCAGAGCAUCUUAUCCCUGAGGAGGACGAGCCAGGAGGUCAAGACCCGUGAGAGUGAGGCUCUAAGCGAUGUGCGUACGCGGGAACAGGUGCAAGAGACUUUCUACGCCAACGAAAGGUCCUCUGUACAAGCACGGAUUAAAAAACUGAUGAAGGAGGUUGCCAUCCGCCAGGAUUUUCGACCCAAAAAAAAACCACGGGAUUUUGUGACGGAAAAUAUCGUCAGGCUAAGUAAGAUUCAACCGACUAAAAGGUCCCCUGCAAUGGUUAAGGGUAAACCGCAGAGGAAAUACCCUUCUUUGAUUAGGAUAUUAGCACCACACCAAAACCCUGUAAAUCUGUCAAGAGUUUAUAAAACUCCCGAGGUUAAUAUGUCGAAGCCCAUAAGAAUACGUCUAUACUCCGACAAAAUCUGGAGGGACCAGAUGAAUACCUAUCAAUCAGCGAUUAAGAAACCCCCUCCAGAUGUUAAUGUUUGUCGCUUAAGUGAGAGGAAAAAAUGUGAUUGCUACCUAUGCAAAUUGCUUUUAAGAGGCAAACAUCAACGAGAAUCAAGCUUUAUUCAGAAAGCAAAGGCCCAAAGGCGUCGAUUUGAACUUCGUUCGUAUUAUCUUGAAUUACGAAAAAGGGAAAGGGAAGAAGAGAUGUGUUGCCCUCAGAUAAGCUGAUAUAUAAAAUGCUGUAUUGUAAUCCUAGAAGCGAAUAUUAAUCUUUGGGAAGUCAUGAGGCAAAGAUCUGUAUGCCUUUUGAUUGUCCUUAGAUUAAUAUUUGAUUCUAGGAAUAUGUUUAAAUCUAUAAUAUUUUAUGAUAACACGUUUUUAAUAAAUAACUGUCACAUA